CCCGUCUCAGGGCUGGGAGCAGAUUUCCUCGGGCUCCCACCCCCGGGGGCUGGGUCGGAGGGAACCUGUGCGGAGGAUUUUAGUUUGGGGAGGGACCUAGGAGUGCCUGGCAGGGAGGGAGCUUCAGGGCAGCUGAGGCAGUCCCUUGGCCUGGAACACGGGGAGCAGCUUGUCCUGCCUGGAACGGCCCUUGGCCUCCCCGAGGUGGAGGGUGGACCCAGGACAAUGGCUGCUGCUCAUAAUUUGGAGAUGGAAGAAGAUGUGAAUCUGAAUAGGGAUAGAGAGAUGAAAGAAAUGCUGGAAGAGGAGAAAAUGAGAGAGUACAGGGCAGGUAAAGAUCCCUUCAAGCCUAAAAAGGUCCAGAGGAUUGUCUCAAAAUGGAUGCUUCCUGAACCGAUGCGAAGAACAUACCUGGAAAGAGCUAACUGCCUCCCGCCCCCUGUGUUCAUCAUCUCCAUCAGCAUUGCUGAGCUGGCAGUGUUUAUUUACUAUGCUGUGUGGAAGCCGCAGGAACAGUGGAUCACCUUGGACACAGGCAUCUUGGAGAGUCCCUUUAUCUACAGUCCUGAGAAGAGGGAGGAAGCCUGGAGGUUUAUCUCAUACAUGCUGGUGCAUGCUGGAGUUCAGCACAUCCUGGGGAAUCUUGUUAUGCAGCUCGUUUUGGGUAUUCCCUUGGAAAUGGUCCACAAAGGCCUCCGCGUGGGGCUGGUGUACCUGGCAGGAGUGAUCGCAGGAUCUCUUGCCAGCUCCAUCUUUGACCCACUCAAAUCUCUUGUGGGUGCUUCAGGAGGAGUCUAUGCUCUGAUGGGAGGCUAUUUCAUGAAUGUUCUAGUGAAUUUUCGAGAAAUGAUUCCUGCCUUUGGAAUUAUCAGACUACUCAUCAUCGUCCUUAUAAUUGUGUCGGACAUGGGAUUUGCUCUCUACAGAAGGUUCUUUGUCCCUGCAAAUGGGUCCCCGGUGUCUUUUGCAGCUCACAUUGCAGGUGGAUUUGCUGGAAUGUCCAUUGGUUAUACCGUGUUCAGCUGCUUUGAUAAGGCACUGCUGAAAGAUCCAAGGUUUUGGAUAGCAAUUGCAGCUUAUUUAGCUUGCGUCUUAUUUGCUGUGUUUUUCAACAUUUUCCUAUCCCCAGCGAACUGACUUGCCCCUAACACAAACCAAUUAAUAAAAGGAGGCAUCUGGGAAAAAACUGGAGAACUCUCUAUGAAGAAACAGAGAAGUCCCAGCAAAUGCUAACAAUUUUAUAAACAGGACAAAACACCCUUGAAGUCGUCAGUUUCAAAGACUGCUUACAAAAGGAGUUAGGGUUUAAGGAAGGGGCUCUUCUGAGUGCAUGAGGGGGAAGAGGAAGAAAGAAAAGGGAAGGGAAGUGAGAACUAAAGAUUGGC